UAUCACAUUACCUACCAAGUCAUUCUUUCUUUUCAGAGCUUCUCAAUCUUAAUUGGUUUGCAGUCUUAUCCUGUAAAUUAAUUCCAUUUUCUGUUUUUGGGAUUUGCCAAUGGCAAGGAGAAAGGGAAAUCCCCAAGUCAUACAGGUGAAGCCCAUAAUGAGAGCCGUCUCUAGGUUUGUCAAUGCCCACAAGACAGUUGGGUAUGGUCUUUCUAGAAGGAGGAGAAGGUAUUUCACCUCUGAAGAUAUGUUCAUGGGCAGAUCCUGUGGUGCACUUCCAUCAGAUGUUCCAAAGGGCCACUGUGCAGUGUACGUUGGCAGUGAGCGCUCUAGGUUUAUCAUCCCUGCUGUUUAUUUGAAUCAUUCUCUGUUCCGGGCAUUGCUGGAUAAGGCCGAGGAAGAGUAUGGAUUUGAUCACCAGAUGGGACUCAUCAUUCCCUGUGAGGAGGCUGUUUUCCAGUAUCUGACAUCCAUGUUGAGCAAAAAGGAUCUGGGACUCAACAAUAUCAAACUGGACGAACUCCUUGACAUACCCAGUGUUCCUCAAGUUUUAUAGUGCACCAAUCUGCAGGGAGGCUGGAGCUGGCUGAGGGAAAAACAGAGGGUAUACAGUAUACACAUACCAGGCCAUACUGUACAUAAUUUUGGAUACACCACCGGACUGUCAUUUUUGUGCUUAAUCAUUAGGCAUUACCUGUAUAUUAAAAGGAAAAAAAAUCAACGGAAUUGAUCAAUUGAGUGAUUCAUGGUAUUUUAGCACCAUGUUCUGAUUCAUGGUAUUUUAACAGUAUGUUCUUAUUCCUUUUUGGUCUUUCCCACCAGCAGUUAGAUCUGUCCAAUGGUUGUUUUCUGAGGUCUUUCCUAAGGAUUAUUGCCAUGCAUAAAAUAUUUGCCGAUGUUAUUUGACUGCUUUUGUGGUAUGACUGCUUUUUGUUGUUUCUA